UAUUACCAUUCACAAACAAACACACAGAGAAACAAGAGAAAUGGCAGCAAUGGCAUCGCCGGUGAUUAAAGUGGCAGCACUUUCUGGUUCCCUUCGAAAAGGCUCUUACAACACAAGCCUCAUCCGUUCUGCUAUUGAGCUAAGUAAAGGAGCUAUUGAAGGCAUUCAAAUUGAACACGUUCAGAUUUCGACUCUACCGUUGUUAAACACUGAUCUUGAGAAGAACGGGACUUACCCACCUGAAAUUGAAGCCUUUCGCCAAAAGAUUCUUGGUGCUGAUAGCAUUCUCUUUGCUUCCCCUGAAUAUAAUUAUUCUGUCGCAGCUCCACUAAAGAAUGCAAUUGACUGGGCGUCUAGAGCACCAAAUGUUUGGGCUGGUAAACCUGCUGCUAUAUUAAGUGCUGGAGGAGGCUUUGGUGGUGGAAGAUCACAAUAUCAUCUCCGCCAAAUUGGAGUUUUCCUUGAUCUUCAUUUCAUCAACAAACCUGAGUUCUUCCUAAAUGCAUUCCAGCCUCCUUCAAAGUUUAACAGUGAUGGUGACUUGAUUGAUGAAGAAACCAAGAAUAGGUUGAAGGAAGUUCUUCUGUCCUUGAAGACAUUUACCUUGCAGCUUCAAGGAAAAAAUUGAAACAACUUUGAUUCCCAUUAAUUGUUGAAAUAAGCUUUGGAUUUCAGUCCCUUCCUUUUACAAAUAUUGUUGUGUGAUCUGGACUUCCAUGACAGCAUGACAACUGUGAUAUGCAGUUGCAAAACGUUUUUG